UGACAUUCUAAACACAAAGACUCCCUCUAAAUGAACAAAACAUUUCAGCAUUUAAUAGGACCAGCUUCCAUCCAAAGUCAAUCAAAAAGAGUGUCAACAAUGGUGAACUCAUCAGAUUCAUCAGGAAUUAAUACAUUAGAUGAAGAAAUCUACAAACAACGGAAACUACAACAACUCCAACAUUUCAAACAAAGAGGCUAAAGAAACAACAAACAACAGAAUGGUCAAAUGAUAUACAUGUAAAAGAAACGAAUACCUACAAGACCGUAAUAGAAAUGCCGCAAUAGAAAGACUAAUGUUUAUCACAGAAUUCCAACUGGGAGCCCAUGAAAAUAAGUUAAUUAAACUCGUCAGAAGACACUGGAACAUUAUUUAGAACAACCCAACACUCAGAGAACUAUUCCCACAUUCUCCCAUGACCGCCAACAGAAGAAGCAAGAACCCAGGCAGAUACUGACAAGAUCCAAAAUGAAAAUUUUGCCAGAAGACAUCAUGAAUCAAAAAGAAAACAAAUUAAAGUCCAAGCCACCAACAAACCCGAACACCUCAAUACAAGCUUGCCUUGGUCUUCUUCCUCCGCUUAUAGAGAUCAGUCUAGAGUUAAGUCUCAGCAGCAGUGGCAACGGGCUAGUGUUAGCAGAAGCAGUCACGUCAACAUAUCAACAUGAAGACGAUUUCUUUUGCUGUGUGUGUUGUGGUUGUUUGUAUUGGCUUGCUCUCCUUGUCAAAAUCGCACUAUCAUGACAGCGAGGCAUUGUGCAGACUCUAUCGUACAACGCGAGCAGUCAAGUGCAGAGAGGUAAUUUGCAGUGAGGGAGAGCAGUGUGAGCUGACAGUUGAACAGAAGACAAUAUGCUGGCAAGUCAAUGAUAUCACGAGGUACCGAACAGAAGUUAUUGGUUCUGGAUGUGAGCUCAAAAAAUACAAAUUGUUUUGCAAUGUGGAUUGUGAUGCUCGCUACAGAAAUCGAGUCAAAAAACCUAUCUGUGGUAGAAAUGGGAUCUUAUAUGCUAGCCUUUGUCAUCUUCGCAAAACAGAGUGCUUGCAGGGAUCUAUUGGCGCUGACGAUCUAGAGAAAUGUGAGUCACUGGAAAUACUACAAAGUCCAGCUGACACUGCUGUACACCUGGAUUACAUGUGUGUAGAGCAGACUGUUAAUGAAUUAGACGUUAACCAGCUAGUCAUUCACAAUAAAUUAGAAAAGAUACUGAAGGAAUCAUUGUCAACCUACUGGACUUGGAAACACAACAGUAUAACACUUGACCUGCCACUCUAUAAUGCUUUAAGUAUUUUACACGCAACAGAGAUCUUGCUGAAGGAAGGUAAACUUGCUAUAGAAUGGGGAGACAUUGUUACUGGUGACAUUAUUGGGAACCUCCAUAGAGGUGUAGCUGCAUCUGCGCUUCCUCGAUUCCAUACAGCUGUCGAUUCUUGUCAGUCAGAUUUUCUAAGACAUUCAGCUGUACUAAAUGCUGUCAGAGUUCUUAAUACAACCUAUAUUCCUGUUUUUCGGUAUUCACCAUGGAUGGAUGAAAGCUGUUUGAUUUCAUUGACUGUCACAUUGCCAUGUGAAGUUGUUAGUAAUAUUGGGUCAACUGUUCAAACUCGAUGGCUGUUCCAUCACAGAGCUUUUUUUCCUUCACUGAGCAGACGACACAUCGUGAGCAAAGAUGGAUCUCUUACCAUUGUAGGGGUGAAUACUGAUGACUUGGGACGUUACACUUGCAAGGCCAUUUCAAGUACCCAGGCAAAGACAAGUGUUUCAGCAGUCUUGUCAGCUGACAAAUGCCCAUGUCUGUUAAAGAAUCUGCAAGUUCAUGACAGGGCUAUAAAGAACAGGGCACUGGAUUGUUUUUCAGCUGAAUCAGUAAAAGUUAGUCGCAUGACAAUGAUAAGCAUCUUAGUUAAUGAAGUGAUUCUAUCAAAUGGGAGAGUAGAGGAUGUUUUCAUGGAUAACAUCAACAUUAAAAAGUUGAUUGUAUCUAAUCUUGAUUCUGUUCAAAGAGUUGUUGUCAAGAAUUCUGAGAUUGAAGUUAUGGAACUGUCUGGUUUUUCUGGUGUGCAGAUAGAACUUCAUAAUGUUCAGAUCCGUGAGCUAAAGCUACGCUCGGUGACUCUUACAAAUGGUGGAUUUAUACAUUGUAACAUCAGCAAUGGUCAAUUCCUCUCAUCUCAGUUGUCUGACUUUAAUAUUCGGAAUACUUACAUCGGUGGACUUGACAUCAGGACAUCCAGUAUUACUAACACGUCAAUGUAUAAUACAAGUCUUGUUGGCUUGGUGCUGCAAAACUCCUUUGUGUCGGGUCUUGUGUCUGAUAAUGUUAGUUAUUGGGACAACUACCUCUAUGGAUUAAGAGUAGAGCAUUCUUUGUUUACGAACAGUGACUUGAGGAAUUACACAACCAUUGGAUCUCACCGUCGCAAUCUGUCUACAAUCAACAUGACUGUCUCUGAUAUGCAUUCAUUUGAUGCUACACUUAUUGAUGAUUUUACUGUAAAUGCCGUGUACAAAAAUCUGGUUGUUGGCAAUAUAACUGUGAGAAAUUCUACUUCAUAUAAUUCUACAUUUGUUUCAACUGACUUCAAAAACUCAACGUUUGAGUCAUCCACUUGGCAUGAUGCUUUGUUUGCCAACUCAACUCUUUAUGGUUCAAGCUUUGAUCAGUUGCUGUUAAAUACAUCAUUUCUCAGGAAUCUCUCUGUCCUGGCUACUAAUUUUACCAACACUCAAGUUUUCAAUCUUGAUGGUGAUAAGGCAUUAUUUCAAGACAUUCAACUGAGGAAUUAUACUACCGUGAAUGCAACACGUACAAAUAUGGUUACUCAAAACAUGCUUGCCAUAGAAAUGACAUCAUUAAAUGCACUAAUCAUUAAUGAGACAACAACAGAUGCAGUGUAUAUGAAUUUGGUUGCAAGGAAAAUGCAGUCUCGCAAUUGUAGUUCUAGCUUUGUGAAUUAUAGCCAGUCAUAUUUCUAUGACUCAAAUUUUUCUUUGGUGUUUAUUGAACAUGGCUUCUUUAAUCAGCUGAAAGUGGUUGGAGGCUCACACCAGAACAUGACGGUUUUGGACAGUAAAGUCAGCGACACUUCAUUUCAUGAAAUGGUGGGCAGCAAUGCUGUUUAUAAAGACGUUGAAUUUCACAAUCACACAACAGUUGGAUCUACUAGAGUAAACACGGUCACCAACAGAAUGAAAGCAUUUGGAUUUUAUUCGUUGAAUGCUGUGAUAAUUAAUGAAACAACCAGCAACUCUCAUUACUAUGGACUGAAGGCUGUUAAUACAACGGCAAGAAACUGCAGAAUGAACGAUGUAUCAUAUUCGACCUCUAGUUUUGUGAGAGGAAAUCUGACAAAUAUUUUAGUUGAUGGUGGAGACUUUCGAAGUGUUUCUGUCGAUCAGACUCUGCUUGUUGACAUCAACAUAAAUAGCACUGUUGUGAAGAAUAUUAGCGUAUCGUAUACCAACUUCACGAACACGAUACUGUUACAACUUGUAGGACAAGAUGCUAUGUUUACUGAAAUUCAUCUGAAGAAUUACACUACUGUGAAUUCUGUCAGGAAGAAUAUGAUUACACAAGGCAUGAGAGCCACAAAGUUUUACUCCCUGAACACCACAAUUGUCAAUGAAACUACUAUUGAUGCACAGUAUUCUGAAUUGAAAGCUUAUAAUACAACAGUAAGAAACAGCAGAUGUACAACAGUUUUGUAUUCUGAUUCUCUGUUCUCUGGAGCUGUGAUGAAACAUGUUCAGUUUGUAUCAACAGUUUUGCUCAAUUCCUCUCUUCUUCAUACGUCAUUUGUAAAUCUUUCACUCGAUAAAUGUAGUCUGAAACAAUUGGGUGUGGUAGACAGUAAUUUCUCUGAUUCAGUAAAUCACAACUUGGUAGGAGAGUUUGCUAAUUUUACCAGGAUUCGAAUGACAAAUUAUACAACAGUCAAUGCUACGAGACGUAACAUGGUGACCACGGAUAUGACUGUGGAAGGAUUUCAAUCAGUAAAUGCAUCAAUCACGAAUGAAUCCACGUUUGAUUCAGAUUACAAUGGAUUAGUGGCUAUCAAUGUAACUGCAGUCAACAGCACUUCAACCAAUGUCUCAUACAGAAACAGUGUUUUUACCAACAGCUUCUUUAGUAACAUAUCUGUUCAUAAUUCAAUUGUUCGAAAUACUGUGUUCAAUGAGUUUUCUACCAUUGACUGCAGUUUGGUGAAUGUAAGCCAUACAAAUGCAACAUUCACUAAAUGUGUGAUGAAAAAUCAUGGAGUCUUUGAGUCAGUGUACAUUCAGUCAAAGUUCUUUAAUGUCACAUUGGCAAGCUAUGUUGAGUCUCGUAAUGAGUAUCAUGACGUUGUAACUAAUCAUGUAACUUACAAAGAUUCAGAAUUGUCGAACAGUUUUGUGAAAAAUUGGAAGUCAUCAAAUGAUGUGUGGAUUCACCACAAAGAAGAUGAAAUGGCAUACAACAAUGUUUCUCUUGAAGAUGGACAUAUUUCUAAAGCUAGGUUCUCUAACCUAACCGCAACUGAAUAUGAUCUGGUCAAUGUCAGGCAGACAAAUGUCACUUACAGGGAUGUUGUGACCAGUGAUCAUCGCAAUGUGAACUGCACAUUCAAUGACUGCACUUUUGUCAAUAUGAAUUUGACGAACUAUGUUGAUAUCAAUGGGGUUUAUAAUGACAUUAUUACAUCAGAUGUUGUCUCAAUGGAAUCAGUCCAAAGUGGUACUACUGUAAGGAAUUGGUACAGUGUGAGGGAACUAUGCAAUGAAUGCAAGGAUAAUAGUGUUGCAUAUUAUAAUAUCAGUAUGAUUGAUGCUGUGUAUAGAAACAAUUCAUGGAAUGAAGUUAGCAUUUUAGGAUGGUCAAUAAAGACUGCAGAAUUUGUACAUGGAAUGUACUCAAACUUGACCAUACACGACUGGUAUUCAUUGAAUGCCUGUUGGGAAUACAAUACAGGUUAUGAUGUCGCUCUAUUGAAUGUGAUGAGUGUUGGCACACAAAUUGCCAACAACCUAAUCUGCGGAGGACGAUUUGUAAAUUACACAGGAAUAGAUCAAAAUCUGGUGGACUACCAGGCAUAUGGUCUUACCACAGUGACAGCAUUUUAUCAAAACUUAACAAAAACCCGAUAUCAGUUUACUGAUUCAUCGUUUGUCAAUACAGAGUACUUGAACCUGCAUAUCACUGAUGGUGCAUAUUAUAAUGUGCUGGUAAAUAAACAAACCAUUAGGAACACUCGUGAAAGAAACAUCACUACUAUUAACAUGACUGCCAUUGAAUUCUCUUCUUCAGAUGGUGUAGUUAGUAACAAUGUGUUUCAAAAUGUUACCUUUACCAACUCGACACAGAGGCGACUUACCGUGAAAAAUGAAAUAUGGAAUGAUGUCGCUUUUGCAACUACUGUGUACAGUGACAUGCAUUUCACAAACAUUACGGCUUUGAACAAUGUCACUUUCUUCCUUGUGAAAGUCCACAACUCAGACUAUCAUGACUUUGCUGUUUACAGCUUGGAAUUGGCACAAUGCUCAUUUAAGAACGUUUCAAUGAACGACUUUUUGUUCUACUCUUUGAAAAUAUCCAGAAGUGAUUUUGUCCUACAUAAGUUUGCAAGUGGAAUGUUUAAUGCAUUGGACAUCAGGCAUUCUGUUGUGCAGCAAGUGUUAUUUCAAAAUACAACGAUUGCAGGCAUGGAUUCUUACAACAGCACUUGGGUUGGCGUUGUUGUGACCAUGUCCCGUUUGGCAUGUCCUAUGUUUAACGAAGGAGUCAUUGUAGAUUUUGAGAUCCGGCAGUCACUUUUGACACAUGCUCAGUUUUUGAACCACGAUGAGGAACAAAUCAAGAUUUAUCAAUCAGUUGUUGAUACUGCCAUUUGGAGUGGUGUGAUUAGUCAAGGCAUUAGAUUGCACGAUGUAAAUUCAACUGACAUAAAGUUGCAGAAUACGGUGUUUUCUGAGAUGACGGCUACAGAUGUAACCAUGCAGUCUUUGCAGUUACAAUCAUCUAAUCUUACAGUCAGUCAUUCUGUGAACUUUGAGGCCAAGACAGUAGUCCUCUGGAAGUGUGAGCUCCCACAAGGAAUUGUGGCAGAUGCAGUUGUCAAAAAGCCCAUUCUGUCUGAUGUGUCAAGGCCUUGCCAUAUGAGUUACAGUUCUGGGUAUGUUACACAAUUUCGAUUUGGACAAUGUGGCAGUGAUGCUGUCGGCGAACUUACUUGUUCUACUGGUCACAUGAUUACUAACAUAGGGUCUGCAGACAUGAUUCAAAGUGAAGAUGAACCUGAUUGCAUACCUAUUGUCAUUGCACUGGUGAAUCAAAUGUGUGAUCUGAAGCACUAUUGCUUAGUUCCUGCAGAAGCUAUCAACAGAAACUGCCAAUUGCUGAGCGGAUGUUUUCAAGUUGAUUAUGCUUGCAAAUCUAUUGAUCAAGUAAUUGAUGAAAGCCUGAAUUCUGUCUUUAAUCAAGACAGCAGACCAGUCUCACUGCUAAACACUGCUGAUUCACUGGAUUUCUCAUCUUCGACAUCAAGGUGUUUUUCACGGAUUUGAAGCAAAGAUUGAAGUCAGGAUUACUAACAGAAUUAAGAUUGUCUUCUUGAUGAUGUUGAUUUAGAUGAGUCACAAGCUAGCUAUGUAGCUAGUGUUUUGUUAAGUGACACAAAAUGUUGUCCCUGUGUGUUUGUACACUAGGUAGAUUGUCUUCUGUUACUCUACUGCAGUUUGUUUUGAAAUGAACUUUGUCGAAGCACGACUUGCAAUAUUAUUAGCUAAUUUGCAAUUGUUGGAUUGCAUUUGGGGAA